AUGGAGAAUCUUUCAAAAAUAUUUGGCUACGGGGAAGUCACAGAAGAAAGAACGUUACUGCAGUUCCACUACACAGAAUGGCACUCGCAUACGUGUCCAUUCGGAAACGCGGUUUUAGAAUUCCGUCGACGCGUGAGAGCGGUGGUCGGUUCCACCAUAAAGAACGAAUCCGGACCAAUGGUGGUACAUUGCAACGAUGGUGGUGGAAGAUCAGGCGUGUACCUGGCGAUUGACGCGAACAUGGAGCUGGCCGAGGAGGAAGACGCUUUCGACGUCUUUGGCUACUUGAAAAAAUUGCGGCAGAGCAGAAGAGGACUUAUCGAGAACUUGGAACAAUACAAAUUCGUGUACGACACGCUCGAGGAGUUUGUGGUGUGCGGCACCUCGUGGUUUCCGGUCUCGGAGUUGUCGCAGCGUCUCAAGCAGAAGAGCGUGAAGAACCCGAUAACCAAGAUAAAUGAAUAUCAACGGGAGUAUCAGCAAAUUUGUAAGCAAACGCCGCGCUUCACGAUCGGAGAUUGCGCGGGAGGGCACAGAGCUGAUAACAGAGAGAAGAACAGGGAUGUGUUGGUCGUGCCGCCUGACAACUUUCGACCGUAUCUCACCAGCUUCCAGGGUAACAGUUACACUGACUAUAUAAAUGCUGUCUUUGUGGACGGUUACACGAAGCCCAGGGAGUACAUCGUAACGGAAUGGCCCCUCCGACACACAUGCGGCGAGUUUUGGUCCCUGGUUUACGAUUACGAGUGCGCGGCGGUGGUGGUGUUGUGCGUGCCACCGCCGGGCUCCACCAACUUCCCCAGCUUCUGGCCCGAGGGGAAACACUCGAAGAAAUACGGCCCUGUCUUCACGAUUGAUCACAUCAGCCACAAUCAUUAUACGAACAUUAAGACCUGGAUUUUUAGGAUAAACAAGAAGAUCGUGUCACUGACCGAGUUGAUGGCAGGCGUGAAAGCACCACCGAAGACGGUUCAGUUGUUCCAACUGACCUGUUGGCCCAUGGGUCACAAGGUUCCGACGUCGACGAACAGUCUGGUCGAGUUGAUGAAUAUGGUCGAGAGGUGGAGGCAACGAACCGACUACGGGCCGGUCGCUGUGGUCUCCCCAGAUGGUAGGAGCCGUUGUGGUGUAUAUUGCGCCGCAAACGCGUGUAUAGAACAAGUGAUUCAGCACGGGGAAGUGGACAUUUUCCAGGCAGUUAAAACUGUACGCAGGCACAGGCCACAACUUGUCGAGAACAUGACCGAGUACAAAUACUGCUACGACCUGGUGCUGCACUAUGUGCUCCACUAUCUGAACAAGGACAUGAACGAGAAAAAGUGAGAAAGCGAGUUGAGGGACGAGCUGUGGUUCAUCGAGUUCGGCCGCGGUGCGGCUCU